CCAAAAAUAAUAAAUAAGUGCAAUGAAUAAAUAAAUAAAUAUUUACAGAAGUGCAGUGCAGUACAAAUACAGUACAAAUAAUUCAGUAAUUACUGACCAUGUCUGAAUACUCGACCAUGAAUAAAUUUAUAAUAUAAAUUUAUAACUUAAGUCGUUGUAGCAUUUAGAACAUAGGAGUAACAUGUGGCAUCAUUCAUUCAAAAAUCAGCUGUUGUUGACAGCGUUGCAAAAUUGAGUUGCUAAAUUUAUUUUUUGUGAAUCUUAUUCAUUAAGAUAAUUAUUGUAAUUAUUGCUUUAUAAAUAACGGCACAAAAUAUAUAUUAUUCGCCUCGUAAGGCAUAAAACACAAGAGUACAAACAUAAUAGAAAGAAGAAAUGCAGAACGAAAUUCCAUCUUUAUAUGAUCUCAAUGAUGAUUGCUUGGAUUAUAUAUUUCGUAAAAUAGUGUACCUGCCAGAUCAACUAAAGAUUUCCAGAGUAUGUACACGUUUUCAAAACAUUUACACGCGCAUUUGGAAUGCCAAUUCAAACUACCGAAUUCUGGAAUUAAAUGAGUGGCGUAGCAUUUUCCCAAAAAUUGAAGAUUUGCAAUACUUUUUGCAUGUAAUGCAAUUUUAUUUUAAGGAAUUUGUAAUAACCGAAGACUGUCUCAGUGAAACCCUUAAAGAUCUGGAGGAAUGGAAUAUUACAUGUUUGCCGAGCGUUGAACGUUGCGAUUUGUCAGAUUUUGUUGAUUGUUAUCCAAAUGACUGUGAUAUAUUUAACUUAACAAAUCUUUUACCUAAUUUGAAAUAUUUACGAUUAACAGCACCUAUAACCGGUAGAUUUUUGACCAAUUUUAAAUAUCUAGAAGAAUUACAUCUGUAUGACGAACAAGAAAAGGAAUUGGAAAUAAGUGCUAAUUAUUUAAAGGAUAUAUGUGUGGAGCUAAAGCAGCUACGAAUUUUGGAUAUACGUACUUUUAAUGCAAGCCAUUUAUCUUUGACGCAUAUAGAAUACUGCAAAAAUUUGGAAGUUUUAAAGCUUAACCUAAGCGUACUAAAAACAAUUGUAUGUGAUGUCUUAAAGCUACCGAAGUUGAAAACAGUUACAGUAUUAUUAGAUUUCAUUGUUAAUGCAUCAAGCAUACAAAGUCCAGAUACAUUUAGUACUAAAAUUUAUCAAACCAAGGAGUUUUACUAUAUAUUAAAUACAGAAAGUGAAAGGAUUACGGGUAUUAGCAUAGAUAACUAUUUUAUGCCUUUGAAGGAAGAUUGGGAUGACAAUUUAGAUAUUUUUAAACAUUGUAAACUUGAAUAUUUUGCAUUUUGUAAUUCAAGCUUUGAAUCGACGGCACUUGAAAAGUACACAAAAAUGAAGAAUUUAAAAUUACUUUGUUUACGCAAUUGGUCGUUACUAUCUAAAGAUGUGCUAUUAAGAUUUAUUGAACUAUGUCCAAAUCUACAGCACAUAGAUGUAAGCUACUGUAAAAAUUUGGAUAAAUCAUUUCUGUAUGAUGCAGUUGAAUUGCUCAAACAGCAUAAACAUAGAACCAUAAAUGUGUAUUACCUGUUAAGUGGUUUGGAAGAUGAAAUUGAAAAUGUAAAUAUAAAUUUUUGGGUUCAGCAAAAGUACAUUCAUUUGUCGGCGGAUUUUCCACCAGAUUCCGAAAGAGGUUUAAGUUAUGUGGAUCGAGGAUUUCAAUUUGACUUUGAUUAAUUAUUUAAUAUUAAUUAAUAAAAAUAUUUAUCAUUUAACUGUAA